CGCACUCAAGAGAAUUAUCACGUAUUUGAAAACGUUCUAUUUUAUGCACUCGUUCUAUAAUUACUCGUAAAACGUUAUGAAACGGAGUAACUUCCCCUGUGUUGUCCCCUCGUGUGUAGUGAGUACCGAAGUGAUUUGUAUGGGCGUGACCUCCUCCUACUUCAGUGUGUCUUUAGAGUGGGAACAAUACAGAAAGAAACCAGGACGUCGGUAGGCGCUUAGACAGCCGUGGUGGGACUUAGAAAUUACGAGUACAUUCCACACUGUGGUGCUUAGUUGUUCAUUCUUUGAGUGUAAUUAGCGUGUGUAUGUGUGUUCUUUUUUCUCUCCCCCAACUGGGCCAAGUCAAUCAGCAUUAGCUCUAGAAUAGCUUGGCUGACUAAGGUUUACAUGGAGUCAAGGUAGCAGCAGGAUCGUGACGGUGGCAGCAGUGGACGUUACAAGAGAUUGGCGCUUGAUUCCAGUAAAUAAUGUGUUCCUUCUAACAUUGGGUAGACUUAAGGAACAGAAAGAAAAAAAUUGAAAUCAAAACUGGAGCGGGAAAAGUAAAAAGCUAUACUAGAACAUUCGAGUACACGAUUGAAGAAGUCACUAAAAAAAAAAAAGGAUUAUAUAUUUAUAGUAAAUAUAUUUUAUUUGCAUAUUGAGAGAGAAUUAUCUCCCUGAAAGUGUUAAGAACGUUGGAAGCUACGACUGCCUGAUGACUGAAUAUAAGUUGGUUGUGGUUGGAGCGGGUGGUGUUGGAAAGAGUGCCUUGACCAUACAACUCAUACAAAACCACUUUGUGGAAGAAUAUGAUCCAACAAUUGAGGAUUCUCAUCGAAAGCAGGUUGUUAUUGAUUCCGAGACUUGCCUGUUGGACAUUCUGGACACAGCUGGUCAGGAAGAAUACAGUGCAAUGAGGGACCAGUAUAUGCGAACAGGUGAAGGCUUUCUGUGUGUUUUUGCAGUAAACAACACAAAAUCAUUUGAGGAUAUCAACCAAUAUCGAGAACAGAUAAAACGAGUGAAAGAUGCUGAUGAAGUCCCUAUGGUGUUGGUUGGUAAUAAAGUGGAUCUUUCUACUCGAACAGUAGACACAAAGCAGGCAAAGCAAAUGGCUGAAAGUUAUGGAAUCCCUUAUGUUGAGACCUCAGCCAAGACACGACAAGGUGUUGAUGAAGCAUUUUAUACACUAGUUAGAGAAAUAAGAAAAUAUAAAGAGAAGAAAGGCAAGAACAAAAAGAAGCGACGCCGAUUUCCCUGUGUCCUUUUGUGAGGUUUUUUUUUUUUCCAGACAUUUCAGUCAGUGACAGUUGACUUGGCAAACUUUACUGUUUCCUCUUUAUCUUGAUGGAGAAAUUUACUUAAAUUUUGGGGUCUUUCUUAUUUUUGUACUCUAUGGAUCAAUGUCCCAUUGCAAUUUUGAAGAAUGUAGUUAACACCCAUGUCAUGUCUUCUACAAAUUGUUUUGAAUUAGGUUAGCAAUUAAGCUCCUUCAAUUCUGUCAUUUCAUUAAACCCGUGAUUCCUUUUUCCUUUUUUUUAAAUUACCAAGUGCUGUCCUAAUUUUCAUUGGGUUUAAAUAAUUUUUUUUGUUGAUUCAAUUCUUAUUAAUUUGUUUUUCCUGUAAAGGUACACAAAUGCUCUUUUGUUUUUAUAGGGUUUAAAUUUUGUCCUUAUUUGUGUGUGUGUGCAUGUGUGUAAUUAUAUAUAUAUAUAUAUAUAUAUACACACAUGUAUGUAUAUCUAUAUAUGUAUGCAUGUAUAUGUAAGCAUAUGUGUAAGAAUAUAUAUAUGUAUGUAUGCAUAUAUGUGUAAGAAUAUAUAUAUAUAUAUAUAAUGACUGUGUGGGAAGGAAUGAAGUCAAGCUAUAUUCUUUUUAUCAUCAGAUUCUUAUUUUUCUCCUUUUUCAGUAAAUAGAGCAGUAAACAAGAAUGCAUAUAACAGACAUUAUAUAUAACAUGCAUUUGUUUGGUUUCAGUCUAACAUCACACACACACACACACACACACACUAUUGCUCUCUCAGUUUGUAGUUUCUUCUACUCUUGUCUUUAUUUCUAAUUUAUUCCUUGCUGGCCAACUUGUGUUGAAUCUUCUGUCUCUUAUGUGACUAUGUUGUACUCUUUCUUUCUUUCUUUUUUUUUUCAUCAGUAAGUUGUAUUUCUGUGUAAAAAGUUAUGUACGUGCACAUGUCUCCCUUAUAAAUUUGUAUGUUCCUGGCCAAAUUGUGCAAAAUAGAAAAAAAAAAAAAACUUCUGUAUUUUUCUUUCCUAAGAUGUUCUCACAUAUAUUUGCAUGUUCAGCUUUUUUAUAGCUUUCAUUUAAUAAAUUAUUUUCCUAAGCAACCCCUUCCCCUUUUUUCAUCUUUGCUAUAAAAAAAUUCUGAAUAAAUAAAAAAAAAAUAUUUGAAAAGAAGGAUUUAUAAACCUCUUAAAUAACCUACUUUAAAGAGGAGACAUUUUUCUCUUUGAUAUUUUCUGCUGCAUUUGUUCAACUUGAACAAAUUAUUUUAUGUGAAGAAUUUCUGUUCUCUCUAUCACUAUCUACUGUACCUUUUAAUGUUUUUUAGGGUGUUAUUAGGCAGCUAAACAGCUGUGGUUUGAUCCACAGGCAGCAUCAUUUGUCACUGGCCUCCCCAUUCCACAUCCCCAAAUUGUUGGAGUUGUACAACUAUAUUGAUGCCAUAAAACUCGCUCAUUUGAGUGAAUGACUUGAGCUUUAGAUACCUCAAACUAAGGCUGGCACAAACCUACCAUGAGACUUCCUAGGAAGAAAUAGGACUGUCCUCAUUUGAUGAAUGGAAUUUCAAAUUGAAAUAUAAAAUAUACUUCAAAAAAAUAAAAAGUCAUUAGGUAAUUGUGAAACUAUUGUAGCAGCCGUGCCACAUGAAUACACGCACAUAUAAUUGAUACUCAGGUGGUAUGCAAAAACUUAACAAUUUCUGAAGGCCGUGUACUCCAGACAGCUUUAGAGGGCUCUGAGAUGAAUGUUUCUUUUAUUUCAAUCUUUGUCUGUAGAAUUGUAGUCAAAGCUGAAGUGGGUGGUUGAAAUGUUUGCUGCUUAGAGAGUGGAGAUCUGCAAAUCACGGUUAAACAAAUGGAAAGCAGGACAAUUAGGAAACUUUUGAAACUAACAAAAUUAUAUUUAAUGGCUUGAAAAAUUUUUUUAAUUUUAUGAUAAAUUUAGAUAUCUUUUAUUCCUUUUUAACUAAAUAUUAUAUUGUUAUGCUUUCUUCCUUUUCGUAAAUUCUAUAAAUUCUAAUCCCUCUCACCUGCCACUCUCUUUAUUUUUUCUUUUUCUCUUUUAUUUUGUUUUUUUGGCUCUUUCCAGUUUCUUUUGGUCAAAAAUUCCCACCUUUACCAGAGCCCUUUUUAUGUUUGGAGUUUAUUUUUAACCAAUACUUUAUUUUUAGAUCGUGUUUUAUAUUAAUGUGUGAGGGUGUUUUAGUGUACGCCUAUAUACACUUUCAUUUGUAUUUGAACACAAUGUCCUGUAAACUUUGUCUUAGCCUACUUCCUUCAGUUUCUGCUGCUACUGCUUGCUUCCCAAAUUUUGCUGCUGACAGAAGAAUGAAGAAAGUUGUUGCUGAUCUGUGGCAAUUUCUAAAAUAACCCCCCCUCUAAUGUACGUCCCAUAAACUGUAAUAAAGUAUCUUGAAAAAAAAGAAACAAAAA